UUGGAGUAAGAAUUCCUAGACCACUGGGACACGGACCAAGCAGAUUCAUCCCAGAGAAGGAGACGGUUCAGGUGGGAAGCGAGGACGCCAUGAUGCACGCGCUGUUUGCAGACUCCUUUGCCGCGCUGGGCCGCUUGGACAACGUUACCCUGGUGAUGGUUUUCCACCCACAGUAUCUCGAAAGCUUUCUGAAAACUCAGCACUAUCUGCUGCAGAUGGACGGUCCGCUCCCGCUUCAUUACCGGCACUACAUCGGGAUCAUGGCUGCGGCGCGACAUCAGUGCUCGUACCUUGUGAACCUCCACGUGAACGACUUCCUUCAUGUCGGUGGAGACCCGAAAUGGUUGAAUGGUCUGGAAAACGCACCUCAAAAACUGCAAAAUUUAGGAGAACUGAACAAAAUGUUGGCUCACCGACCCUGGCUUAUCACCAAGGAACAUAUUGAGCAACUUCUGAAGACUGAAGAGAACAGCUGGUCCCUGGCAGAGCUGAUCCACGCGGUCGUUCUCCUCACACACUACCACUCCCUCGCGUCCUUCACGUUUGGUUGUGGGAUCAGCCCGGAGAUCGACUGUGAAGGGGGUCACACCUUCAGGCCCCCUUCCGUCAGUAACUACUGCAUAUGCGAUAUUACGAAUGGUUACCACAGCGUGGAAGAAAUUCACGCCAGCCCCACUGGAAGUAUUCCAUCAACAGAGUCUGUCUGUGAAGUUGAAGCUCUUAUGGAGAAAAUGAAGCAGCUGCAGGAGUGCAGAGACGAAGAGGAAGCCAGCCAAGAAGAGAUGGCCACACGCUUUGAGAGAGAGAAGAGAGAAAGCAUGUUUGUGUGCUCUUCAGAAGAUGAAGAAUCGGCAGCAACAAGAGACGUGUCCCGGCACUUUGAGGAUACCAGCUAUGGGUACAAGGACUUCUCCAGACACGGGAUGCACGUGCCCACCUUUCGCGUUCAGGACUAUUCCUGGGAAGACCAUGGCUAUUCCUUGGUGAAUCGCCUUUACCCAGAUGUGGGACAGCUGCUUGACGAGAAGUUUCAUAUUGCUUAUAAUCUGACUUACAACACAAUGGCCAUGCACAAAGAUGUGGAUACCUCAAUGCUAAGACGAGCUAUUUGGAAUUAUAUUCAUUGUAUGUUUGGAAUAAGAUACGAUGAUUAUGACUAUGGUGAAAUUAAUCAGUUGUUGGACCGCAGCUUUAAAGUUUAUAUCAAGACUGUGGUUUGCACUCCUGAAAAGACCACAAAGAGAAUGUAUGAUAGCUUCUGGAGGCAGUUUGAACACUCUGAGAAGGUCCAUGUAAAUUUGCUUCUGGUAGAAGCUCGGAUGCAAGCCGAACUACUUUAUGCUCUGAGAGCUAUUACACGCUAUAUGACCUGAUGUCUCUGCUGCCUGCCGACGCCAGAAUGUUCCGCAGCUGCAGUGGCAGAGGAAGAUACGAAGCCUCAGGACCAAGGGUAGCUAUAAGUUAAGAUGCCCAUUGUGCCAUAACUCCUUUAGUUUCAGCUAUUUCCAUGUUUGGAACAUCACUGCUGCCACUCGGCAGCGAGCGCUUGGCAGUGGACAGGGUUGUGCGGAAGCGCUGCCUGCUCAUGGUAUUUUGGCUUUAGACAGCACGGGACACUCUACGAACUUGUGGCAAUAUAGCAAAUGAUAGAUACGUACAUAGAUCUUGUGUUAAGGCAAAUACUACGGGAGCUGGAGCGUGAAAAGAAGUGGGACUUGGUGACACUUGCUUUCCCAUUUAGAAAAUCUUGAUGCUGCUAUUUGUGCUGGUGGAGUGAACAGACACAGGCUGUUCCAGUUAAGCUAAACGUGAAAGUGAGCACUGCUAUUGUCUGAGCCUUUAUUGUGUGUGGUUUCAAAAAAGCCUUGUUAUUUAGAUUUCUUUUUUAAUCAGAACUAAACCUCUUCUGUCCACACUGAUAAUUUGAAAGAUAGCAGUCAAUUUUCUCAAAUAGCUUAGCCUUAAAAUGCAUUAUUUGGUGAGCUCCAAAGUGCAAUGGUCUU